ACUCGGUAAAGAAAAAAAUAACGAAGCUAAGACCAUUUCAAGCUCGUGUUUUUGCUUCAAUUACAACAUAUUUUCUUUAUCGCGUAUUCAUAUUGUUCGUACAGAAAAUGUGCCAAGUAGAAAUGCUGAGAGUGUUGGUGAAGCAGCGACUAACUGCUGCUGUGGAAGAAAUAUUUGUAGUGUUAGAAAGAACGAUAGCAGAAUACGAGGAGGAACUUUCUAGAACAAAAGAGGAGAACGAGCGACAACGUCAACUACUGGACGCUCUUUUCAACAAACAUCAACAAACAGUCCGUGAAGGAGAAGAUCUCCUCCCUGGACAGCAGGAGUGGAGCUCCAGGACGGAGCGCGUCAAAGAAGAAGAGGAGGAGGCUGAUAUCUCCAACUUGCCCGUGAUUGGCGUCAUCGUGAAGAGUGAAGAAGAUGAGGUCGGAGGUGAGAGUGAGGAGAAGAGAGAGGCGGAGCCUCCAAGCAGCAGCUCAACACAACACGUGACAACAGAAGUCUGUGAUGAGAUGGAGCAGGAGGAGGCAGAGCCCCCCCACAUUAAAGAAGAGGAUGAGGAAGCUGAUAUCUCCAAGUUUUCCGUGACUUGUGUCACUGUGAAGAGUGAAGAUGAUGAGGUCAAAGGUGAAAGUGAGGAAAAAGGGGAGGUGGCGGCUCCAAGUAGCAGCUCCACUCACGAGGACCACGGUGGAGGAUCACAAGCAGACUUAGCUCCGCUAUCAGAGAGUGACGACGUAACAUCACACUCCUCUGACACCGACUCCAUAGCUGACACUGAAGUCAAACCCUUCGCGUGCUUGCUUUGUGGAAAAGCCUUUACUCGAAAUGCAAGUUUGAUAUCGCACAAAAGAACGCACACAGGGGAAAAACCUUUCUCUUGCUCAGUGUGCGGUAAAACCUUUUCUGAAAAGAGCAGCCUGAGGAAACACACGAGAACACACACCGGAGAGAAACCGUUCUCCUGCGCGGUCUGCAAGAAGAGCUUUCGUUACUAUUCAACGUUGGUGACCCACAGGAGAGUGCACACCGGAGAGAAACCGUUUCCUUGCUCCGUCUGCCAAACAAGCUUCCGCUUUCAGACGUCUUUGAAUCAACACAUGCGGACGCACACAGGAGAGAAACCUUUUGCCUGCACAGUUUGCGAUAAAAGGUUCUCCCAAAAGUCGACUCUGACGGAACACAGGAGAUUGCACACCGGGGAGAAACCGUUUUCAUGUUCGGUGUGCGACACAAGUUUUAGGUAUCACGCGUCGUACAUUCAGCACAUGAAAAGACACGCGAGUGAGAGUUUGUGAGGAACUGGCCGCCCCUCCUUUUUGUUGGGUCCCGUGACGUGUGACUUGUCACUUCAUAUCAUCUUUUUACCGCAUACAUAGUCCUACACCAUUCCUGCACCGUCACUGAUUAGAAUACAGAAAAACUGAUCCCAUAAAAUGUGUAUUAAUUCCUUCAAAAGUCUGCAGAUUUCUUGCAGUUUGUGACAAAAUGUGUCAUCUUGCUGAGUAACCGAAAUAAAACUUUUAUUUGAAUUUCUCAGGGCGUUGAGUUGAUUGCAAAUCUCUAGUCUGAGAGGAUGGUGCUGGAUCCACAGUAUUUAUUCUCUAAGAUGUGUCUGGCUGCGGCUUUACAUCUGCUCACCGCACCGGUUUCUCCCCUGCUCCUGGUUGGCGACCACGAGGUGCAGCUGGUUCUGGUUGCCAAUCAAGAUAGUUCUUAAGUCAAACACUCUGCAUGUCUUCCUGCUCUGUUUCUCGCUUUGUCUGUGUUUUUAUUCUUUUUUCAUAUAUAUAUAUAAGUUUAUAUCGUUAGGAAUGUGUCACACUACCUACACACACCCCUUGUAAAAAUACAAAAUGUUUCAUUCCUAAUAGUAGCAGCAAAGUGACAGAAGAGAGGUAAAAAUAUAGUAAAAUGUAUGUGUGGCAGCAUCAGACAAAGUUAUGUUCACAUUUCACUUUUGCACCUCAUAGCACAUAACGGCGGUGCGUUCAAGGACCCUUUAGAGCAGACCUGGGCAAAUGAAGGCCCGGGGGCCACAUGCGGCCCGUUAAGCUUUUCAAUCUGGCCCGCCGGACAUUCCCAAAUAUUUUUUUUCGAUGUUUAAGAUGUAAAGUGUAGCUGCCAUUAUGAAGUGCACUCAUGUUUUCAAA